AAUUUGCAAUUCGUCGAUCCCAAUCGCCAGCGAAGCUUCCUCGUUUUCUACUGACACACGUACGCCGCCUUUGAGAGUGCGUCACAUUUAUAUAUAUAUAUUCACCCUCUACGCUUCCGAGUCCUCUCGAGACCCUUGGACCGUUCACUCCGAGGAUCAUCAUCUCUUCUCUACACCAAUUUCUUCUUCUUCGCUCAAGAUGCCUCGUACUUCUUCCAAAAAGGGUUUAACUGGUUCUGCAGCAUCCACCAAUCCUGCCGCCGAUUUGUUUCGUUCUGCUUCAAGUAAAGCAGCAAGUAAGGAGAUGGAACGCAUCGAUCAAUUAUUUCAUACAUAUGCCAAUGCUUCGUCUGGUAUGAUUGACCCUGAAGGAAUUGAGUUUCUUUGUUCCGAUUUGGAAGUCGAACAUACUGACGUCAGGAUAUUGAUGCUUGCAUGGAAAAUGCAGUCUGAAAAACAAGGAUACUUUUCCCUGAAUGAGUGGCGGAAGGGCCUCAAAGCAUUAAGAGCUGACACAGUACAAAAAUUGAAAAAAGCACUUCCAGAACUUGAGAAGGAGGUUAGAAGGCCAUCAAAUUUUGUGGAUUUUUACUCCUAUGCAUUUCAAUACUGCUUGACAGAGGAGAAGCAGAAGAGCAUAGACAUUGAGAGCAUUUGUCUCCUUCUGGAUCUCGUUUUAGGGUCUCAAUUUCGGCCCCAAGUUGACGCUCUGAUUCAGUAUUUGAGAACGCAGAUUGAUUACAAGGUUAUAAACAUGGAUCAAUGGAUGGGAUUCUUUAGGUUUGUGAACGAGAUAAGUUUUCCAGACUUGAGCAAUUAUGACUCGACCCUUGCUUGGCCACUGAUCCUGGAUAAUUUUGUCGAGUUAAUGAGAGAAAAGCAGGGCUAAGAACACUGUUGUUUGGCAUGUCACCGUGUGCACCAAAUACUUUAUUUCUCCGAUAGUAUGUUUUCUGUUUCCAUAUAGUGAAUGAAUCUUGAAAUUUGUUCGAGAUGGGUUUUGCUGAUAAUACAAGUAUCAUUCAGGUGCAGGAGUCGUUGAAGCCGCUCAUAAUGCUGUGCAUACCAUUGUUCCGAAAAAUACCAUUGUUCUGAAAAAUGCUGUUUUCUUCCC